AUGGUGGCAGCAUACCCCAACACGCGACAGAAGCAGGGCAGGACGCUCCGGGCACAACCUCCGAGCGCCAGCGGCUCCUCUGCUUGCCUUUACGGGAAGAGGGAUCCCAGAGGGAUGGGUGUUGGGGGUGGGGGGGGCAACAGAAUACAGAAAUAUCGAGGGCAGGCUCUGAGGCUCUCGGAGACGCUCCCGGGGCCCGACCCACAGAGUUGUUACCAGCGGGGCGAGUUCAACUGGCUCGGGCAGCCGGGGCGCCCACCCCGACCUCCCGUACUCUCGGGCUGGCUGGCAUCUCAGCCCCGGAAACUUGCACGCCCAGCAUCCCGGGGAAUCACGGCGCGCCAGCACAUCCCCCCUCCCCCGGGAAAACAACUCGGCGGCGGAAGGGAGGCGAGAGCCGCCCCUCGUGGGUGCCCCCCGCCGGCACCCCCGGGCGUCCCGGGGCAGCGGGAGGGCGAUGGGUACCAAGCCGGAGCCGGCACCGCUGCCCGCGGACAGGCUGCGCGCCCUGCGGGCACCAGAGGCGAAACCCCCCUGUUACCUGCCAACGCCCGCAGCAGCUCCCGCGGCUGCGGCUCCGGGAGACGGACCGAGCGGGCAGAUGGACAGACGGACCGAGCGGCAGGCGGCUCCCGGCGGCGCUGGGCUCCCACUACCGUGCGCGCCCCGUGCCCGGCAGCCGCGGAGCGCCGGAGCCGCCAGCGCAGCCGGCUCCACCUCCCGGCCGUGCCCCCUCCUCCGCCCCCGCCCGGCCCGGCUCGGCCCUGCCCCGGCCUCCCGGCCCCGCCGGCUGGCGCGCCUCUGCCCGCUCCGCCGCGCCCGCCCCGCCGCCGGCCCCUCUCGCCUGCCUCCUCCUUCGCCAGAAAACUUUCCGGGUGCCCUCGGCCGGAGCCGCCAAGGGCAGCCUGGAGCAACUCGUCCCUCCCGUAG